UCCACGUCGCACGUCGUUGUACGUGCGCCAGUGUGACUCCCAAGGAAGCAGGAUCGUUUUGUAAAUGAACAAAGAUGCCUAUGAAAGGGAGGUAUCCGAUCAGGAGGACGCUGGAGUAUCUGCAGAAGGGCGAAAUCAUCUUUAAGAACCGGGUGAAGAUAAUGACGGUGAACUACAACACACACGGACAGCUCAGCGAAGGAGCAAGGAAGUUCGUGCUGUUCAACAUCCCGCAGAUUCAGUACAAGAACCCGUGGGUUCAAAUAAUGAUGUUCAAGAACAUGACACCGUCGCCCUUUCUGAAGUUUUACCUGGCUGAUGGUGAACAAGUACUGGUGGACGUGGAGGGUAAGGACUACAAGCAGAUUUCACAACAUGUUAGGAAGAUUCUGGGCAAAUCAGAAGAAGUGCUGCAAAGUGAAGCUCAAGCCAAGAUGCAGGCGUCCAACCCGGCCAACUUCGGCCCAAAGAAGUACUGUCUGAGGGAGUGCAUCUGUGAGGUGGAGGGCCAGGUGCCUUGUCCCGGCACCACGCCACUGCCAAAGGAGAUGACGGGCAAAUAUCGAGCCAAAAUGGCCGAGUCACAGGAGUGAGCAGCAGACUUUCGUACGCAGCGGCUAAAAGCUGCAGGAUGACACCAACCUACGAGCUGCUCGACUAUUUCCACACAGACUUUUGAAUCGCUUCUAUCCAGACAACUUCUGUACAUUAUGUUGAUAUUCAACUAAACUCCAUCCAACUCUCAAUAGUAUCAUCUGUACUCUUAGAUAUUUGUAAUUAAAAUUAUAUAAAAAGGAAA